AUGGCGGCCACGCGCAAGCCCCGAUCCCCGGCCGCCGCCGCCGCCGCCGCCGACCACCUCCGCUUCCUCCGCCCCGGCGCCCUCGCCCGCCUCCGCGACGCCAGGCUCCGCCGCGGCCGGCGCGCCGCCUCCCGCCCGGCCCCGCCCUCGCCGUCCCCCUCCCCCCCGCCCGCUCCCGCUCCCGCGGCCGGGCCCUUCCUGCCCUACUACGUGCCCGCGUCGAGGCUCCUCUCCCCGCGGUGCCCGCAGCGGAAGAAGCUCACCGCGGCCAAGGCCGUCACGCUCUUCCCCCCGCCGGCCUCGGACCUGCCCUUCGAGGCCGUUAUGGAGUUCCUCAACAUCCCCGACAUGGUCGUCGCCGCCCACUAG